UCACACUCUCAUUCACACUCAACCAGACCUUCUUCUUCAUCUUCUUCAUUUGAAUGAUUUCCCAUCUUCAAAAACAACUGAAAUUGAAAUCUUCUCAACUAUAAUCUCUACAUUAACCUCCAUCAAUGGAGGACCUACACUCUCUACAUGCUCACCUUAACGGCAUCGGAUCAUCACCGGUUCUAGCUUCCACUGAUAACCUCUCAAUGAAGCGUCAGCGCAGGCCAAGUGUCAGGUUAGGUGAAAUAGGUGACCACGCUUACCAUUCCCACGCAUUUCGAGGUGCCAAGCAGUGGAAACCGCCGUCCAAAGACUCCAACAAGCUCUCCAGGUCUCGUCCCGUUCCUGCAUUUGAAUUAGAAGUUACGGAUUCGAAGUUGAAGAGACGAGUCAAGUCGACUUGGAUCUCUGACAUCGAUGAAAGGUUUAGCGGAAGCGAAGAUGUAGAUGACGGAUUUGCUGAUUUUAAUUCUGAGGAUUCUGAUAGUGGAUUGAAGGAAUUAAGUCCUGUACAUUCUCAGAGAGAGAAUGAUGAGAAGGGAGUUGAUAGAGUUGUUCGAGCUAGGGUUUCGGAUAAUAGAGAUGUGAAUUAUCAAGCUCCAUUGGAGGUGUCUGAAGAUAGGGAUGGGGUUAGAGUUUGGCUGAAUCAGUUGGGAUUAGGACGAUAUGCACCAGUAUUUGAGGUACAUGAGGUAGAUGAUGAAGUUUUGGCUAUGUUAACUCUUGAAGAUCUUAAGGAUAUGGGAAUAGCUGCUGUUGGUUCUAGGCGGAAAAUGUUUAGUGCAAUUCAGAAGUUAAACAGGGGAUUCUCAUGACGAAUUCAAAUUAAUGCUAUGCGUCCAUGAUCCAUCCAUCCAGCUUCUAGAGUAUUUCUUCUUUCUUUUUGAUCUCCUGAUUUCUGAAAUGAAAGAUAUUAUCUAUCUUCUUCCUUUUCA